AGGCUGGCGAAGGGAGCGGCCCUCGCUGGGACUUAGUUUCCUUCGCCGCUUCCUGCUCCUCCUCCUCCUCUAGCUUCUUUUGCUAUCGCGUCAGCUUGCUGCGUCUCCGGGCGAAGCAGUAGCCCCACGCGCAAUAACAGAUGCGGGUGAAAGAUCCAUCAAGGGCUAUAACUGAAAAAACGAAGAGACACAAAAAAUCAAAUCAGCUUCAGGAUGAAGACUCCUCAGAUGACAUUGCAGGAAAAGGUUUGACAUGCCAGCAUGUAAGCCAAGCCGUGGAUGUUCAUUAUGUGAAGAACGUGGUAGCUCAGAAUAUCUGGUCAGUAUGUUCUGAGUGCCUAAAGGAAAGGAGAAUAUGUGAUGGUGAGCCAGUAAUGCCUACAGACAUAUGGCUUUGUCUCAAAUGUGGAGCUCAGGGCUGCAGUCAAAACUCAGAAGCUCAGCAUUCUCUAAAACAUUUCCAGACUGCACGGGCAGAACCUCAUUGCAUUGUAAUCAACAUCAGCUCAUGGAUUGUAUGGUGCUAUGAAUGUAAUGAAGAGCUGUCAACACACUGCAACAAGAAGGCUUUGGCGCAAAUAGUUGAUUUCCUCCAAAAGCACGUUACCAGAAAUGAAACAAGUUCAUCAUCAAAAAAUAUAUGGUUAAAUGAAGAGAACAAUGACACAAGUGAUGUAUUAAAGGGAAGAAGGAUCAGUUCCAGUUGGGCAUCAAUUCCAGUUAAAGGAAUUAAUAAUUUAGGAAACACUUGCUUCUUUAAUGCUGUUAUACAGAACUUGGCACAGACACAUUUGUUAAAUGAGCUAAUGUGUGAAAUGAAGGAAAAGGGGACAAAGUUGAAAAUAGGUCAAAAUCCACUAUCCCAACUGGAUCCUUUGGUAGUCUGCCUCUCAAGCCCUGGAUCACUGACUUCAGCUAUGUUCCUGUUCCUUCACAGCAUGAAAGAAGCUGGAAGGGGUCCCCUUUCUCCUAAAGUUCUUUUCAGCCAGCUCUGUCAAAAGGCACCUCGAUUUAAAGGAUUUCAACAACAGGACAGCCAAGAAGUUCUUCAUUAUUUGCUGGAUGCAAUGAGAAUAGAGGAAACAAAGCGCAUACAAACUGCAAUUUUAAAAGCAUUCAAUAAUCCAACUACUAAAACAGCAGAUGAGGAGACAAAAAGAAAAGUCAAAGCAUAUGGAAGAGAGGGUGUGAAGAUGAACUUCAUAGAUAGGAUCUUUGUUGGUGAAUUGACUAGCACUAUCAUGUGUGAGGAAUGUGAAAAUAUUUCCACAGUGAAGGAACCUUUUAUUGAUCUUUCACUCCCUAUAAUAGAAGAGAGGAUUUCAAAACCUGUUCCAUGUGGAAGGAUGAGUAAAUAUAAACAUGUACAAGAAGCAGAUGUUGAUCAGUACAGCUGUUGUACUAUUACUGCUUUGAAUACUCAACAAUUAAAACAGUCUAGGAAACAUCCAGUAACAAAGGACAAGAACCAAGUAAACCAUGAAAGAAGACUUGCCAAGACAUCCUCCUCUGGUGAAGAAGAAACAUGCCCUUUUAUUAUGCAUGAAAAACCUAGAGGCACUAAAACUGAAGGAUGCUCCAGUGUUCCAGGUUCAGUAGAUAGCAGCACAGUGAUGGAAUGCACAUCGAAUGAAAGCCAGACUGAAGGCAGUGAAAAAGAAGCAAGUAAUUCUGACAGUAGCGUUGAUGCAGACAGUGAGGCUUCUGAAAGUGAAAGUGCUCCUAAGCAAACAGCUUCCACCCGAGGUUCUUGCACAUCUGGUUUUCACACCGGUGGGCAUAAACACUUGCCUGCAAACAUUAAAUGGCAACCCAACAAAUCAUCUGAUAACAGUACAGAGGCACUUACAAGUUCCUUGUCAAAACUGAGCUUUGGCAACACUGUAAAUGAGGACAGGCUGAGCAACAGAGAUCAGCUAUCAGGUUUGUCAAACACCUUAGCCUUUUCAGCAGAGAAUUCUCCAUUGCUGCAAAGCCCUCAAAAUGCUUUCCAGACCCUUUCUCAGAGUUACGUAACAAGCUCUAAAGAAUGUUCAGUCCAGUCAUGCCUCUACCAGUUUACAUCUGUGGAACUGUUGAUGGGAAACAACAAGCUGUUGUGUGAAAACUGUACAGAACAGAGACAGAAACAUCAUAAAAAAACAAAUUCCACAGAGAAGAAGGUGGAAGGUGUAUAUACAAAUGCCCGGAAGCAGCUGCUGAUUUCUUCAGUUCCUGCCAUCCUUGUUCUUCACCUUAAAAGAUUCCACCAGGCUGGUGUAAGUCUACGGAAAGUUAACCGGCAUGUGGAUUUCCCGCUACUGCUGGACUUGGCACCAUUUUCGUCUGCUUCCUGCAAGAACGUGACAGACGGUGGGAAAGUUCUUUAUGCUCUUUAUGGAAUAGUGGAGCACAGUGGUUCCAUGCGAGGUGGUCACUAUGCAGCAUAUGUGAAAGUAAGAUCUCCAUCCAAAAAGCUUUUGGAUCACAUUUCUAGCAAUAAAAAUGUUCCAGGCCUAAAGGAAUCUGUAGGAGCAUCUGUAGGACAGUGGGUGUAUGUCAGUGAUACCCAUGUACAAGUGGUCCCAGAAUCAAGAGUAUUGCAUUCACAAGCUUAUUUGCUGUUCUAUGAAAGAAUAUUGUAGUUGGAUUCAACAGUGAAAACGUAACUGUUAUUUAGGCUUACUUGAAAUGCAGCAACAGGUAAUAGCAGAUGUAAAUGUUGUGCAUUUACCUCUUCUCUAGUAUAAAACAUACCAUGAUUUGAAAACACCCAUGGUUUUCAGCCAGAGAUGCACAUGCAAGGCUCACAUUGUUAUCUGGCAGCUGACCCUUGCACCCAUUGUUUGUUGCCCCUAGUGCUGCUCUGUGAGGACUUCGACCUUCAGAGGGGCUUUUAAAGAAUGUGUGGGACUGCUGCCAGUAGGGGUAAAUUGAAAAGUCCCUGUAUGCAAGGCAAAGCAAAGUCAUGUUUCUCUGGAGCUAUGCCUACAUGUUAAAAUUCUAAAAUUCUUUUGAAAUUAUGCACUCUGAAAAAGAAUAGUAAAAUUUCAGUUUAGGGCAGCACAACCAAAAUCCAUUGAAAAAGAUUAAUUGCAGAAAUGAUCUCAGAAAGACUGAGUAGUGCCUGGAUUUUCCUUGCUGCAAAAUACUGUAUAUUAGAUCAUGAACAUAGUUAUGUUGCAUGUUUGGCACUUGAGUUUUCUGGAGUGUUACGGCUGCAGUCUUUUUUUAUGGUGUUAUUACUUGAAUCCAUUUGUAAAAGGCAUGUGACAUAAUCCUAUCAGGGCUGCAGGUAGGAUUUUGCAAGAUGAAACAUACCACCCCACCAGAAGUUUUCUGAAUAUGGAAACUUUGGAACAUCAGAAAGACAGCCAGAAUAGAACACUCUCCCCUGAUGUGUUAGCUGUCCAUAUGCAGGGGUGCUUGACAUUGCGGAACUGCAUGCUUGAAUGUUUCUCUACCUACAACCUGAAGUGGUAGCCUUGGGUGGACUGUAGUUCAUAAUUACCUAUUUUAAAUAGAUAACAAAUGAAUUCAUACUUUCUAAUUCUGCACACAAUAUUCUCUGUCAUUUAUUAAAUUAAUUAGCAAGGGUGCUGAGAAAUAAUCAGUGACUUCAAAUCCUUUUCCUAAGUACUCUAAACUUCAUAAACUAUGUACUGCUUUAGUGUAAAAACAAGUCAGUUGUGCAGGGGAGUUAGUCAGUGGUUUAGAUCCAGUGGAGCAUUUCUGUGGACAAGGAUUUUCGCACUGAGGGAGGCAAGGAGAGGCAAGGAAAAUGCGCUCUACUCCCUCCAUCAUGGAACCCCUCCAUUGGAUCCAAGCCACUGGCUCUCAUGAAUGCACUGUAUUUUUUUGCUUUUUGUAAGAGGGGAAAACACCUUCCCCUGCACCGUAUGACAAGCUGUUAAAACAUCAGGAGGUUUCUAAGAAGAAACUGCUGCAUGUUGUAAAGGUGGGGGGUGGAGAUGAAUCCUUACAUUUAUUAAGGGGCUUUUUGUAUUGUGACCAUUACAAAGGUAUGGAAAAGUAAAUUUUUAUAAAAUCAUGGAAUUCUCUCUCUCUGAUUUGUUUUCCUGGAUAUAACUUAAAGGGAAUAAGGUGUGUGCAGGUAUUUCCAUGUACAUGUGGUAUCCAGGGUAGAAUCUGAAUACAGUCUACUAAGAAGCUUGUGAUAGAGAGUGGUCUUUCUCUGGACACCAAGUAACAUAGAUAUAAAUGGGAAAUGUGCCAGAGCAACUGUGCUAUUAGGACUGCAUUUCUGUGGGGUUAAUUUCAGCAGAAGAUUGUGUUGGAUUGUGUGUGCUGCUUGAAAUGCUGUAAGAGAUUAUUAUGCUGUAAUAUGAACACCUGAGAAACAGCUAACCAUUGUUGUGACUUAAAACAAUCCUUUAAUUAUUUUAUUAGGCAAUUUCUUAUCUACUGAACUGAGUAAUUUAAAAUUAAGACUAAAGUAGCUCAAACCUCAGUGACCUGUUUCUCAUCAAGAAAAGAGGCUUGUUUGCAUGGUAGGAACAAAUUCUUAUGCUUCUUAGCUUGUAAAACAUCACAUCUGAGAAGUUCAUAAUUUCUGGAAAAAUAAAGCGGAGUCUUGUGUCACCUUAAAGACUAAUAAAAUUUUAUUGUAGCUUAAAGUUUUAAGAACUACAGGCACACUUUAGAUGCAAUGAGUUGUGUAUUCCAGUUAGGGAGGGUGAAUCACUUAGAUUGCUGUGCACUGAUUUUCCUCCAAUAGUUGAGCAGUUUAUACAUAAAGGGAGUUACACAGAGCUGUGUGGUCUAUUGAAAUGACCAUAGAAGUCCACUAGUACAGGAGUUCAGUGUGCAUGCACUCAUCAGAGUACAAAUGUAGCUGUAGACUGGGUAAUUCAAAGAGAUUUGGUGUCAGUUUGGUGUGGUGGUUAAGUGUGCAGACUCUAAUCUAGGAGAACUGGGUU